CUGUUUAAAACAUAUUUUAUCACCACGUUGGAUACAACGUUUUCCUCUAUAAAGCCACCGAAAGAUUCCACGAAAAAGUAUUUAGACACUAGACGACGUUCCAUCUUAUUGUUGACGUUGGUUGUAGCUAACAGUGUAUAAUAAACAAAAAAUCAUUCUGAGCGAACAGUUUGUGUGUAAUCGUCGUUUUGUUCACAUAUCACUUUUAGCGGUAAAAAUUUAUUAUUUUUCAACUAUGUCGUCUGAAACAGAGACUGAAUCAAACCAUAAUAAAAUGCAAUUGGCCUGUCCGUGGAUUAAUAGCAGCCUCUUCGAAGAAUUAUUACGCAAAGAUUUUCCCGCAUCAGACAUAAUUGUUCAUGAUUAUCGUUUAAAACCGGCUCUUGCAAGAGGAGAAAAUUAUGCUAGCCAAAUGAUCAGAGCCGAAGUGAAUUACUCGAUGAACGGUGAAAAUAAGCAGAUUCGAUUUAUUAUUAAGGCAGCAUUAGCCAAAGAUGCACUUAAACAGCUAUCCGAUGAAAUGAAAGGAAUUUUCUAUACCGAAAUUGCAAUGUACAAUGACGUGCUAACCAAAGUCCAUGACUUAUUAAAAGCGAGUGGCGAGAAAAUUUCGUUUUAUGGAAGAUGUUAUGCGUCGAGCAGGGAAAACGCAUACCUGAUUUUCGAAGACCUUACUGACAGAGGAUUCAGAAACGUCGAUCGACGAAUAGGACUUGAUAUUUCGCACUGCAAAUUAGUUCUAAGUACAUUGGCUAAGUAUCAUGCUGCGACAGCAGUUCUAGUUGAAAAGGAACCAUCACUUAAAAAGCAUUUUGAUCAACAUGGAACAGUAACAGGAUCCGAUUUUAUAAGGAAGUUGGUGUCCAAUUUCCUCAUAGCUCAAGCAGAAUUUUGUAAGAAACAACCGGGUCUCGAAAAGCUCGCCGAAAAAUUCAAUAUCGUCAAAGACACCAUUUACGAUCGUAUAGCAGCAUCGUGUGCUCGAGAUGACAAUGAUUUGAAUGUAAUUUUGCAUGGCGAUGUAUGGUCGAACAACAUUAUGUUCAAAUACGGCGACAACGGUGAAGUUGAGGACACUGUUUUGGUCGACUUUCAAAUUUGCUACUAUGGACCGCCGGUUUUGGACGUUACAUAUUGUCUGUACACAUCGUCGCACAUUGAUGUCAGUGAAUCGGAUUGGGAUAUGCUCGUUCAGUACUACUAUGAAGAACUGAGGUCGACGUUAGCUAAAUUGAACUAUCAGAAAAAGGUCCCAUCGUUGACGGAGUUCAAUGUUCAGAUAAUACUGAGAGGAAUGUAUGCGGCAUCUAUGGGAAUUAUUACUCAGAGUAGUCGAAUGUUAGAAAAUGUCAGUGAAAAUGGUUUAGCUGAUCUCAUACGUGAUGAUAAAGCCGAACAUCGAUUGAAUAUGUUGUUAAAUCCAAAAGUGAUACCAACAAUCAUCAAGCUUUUGAAGUACUUUGACCGAAGAGGUUACUAUGAAGGCGAUGAUUUUCAGUAUUAAAGUUUUGCUUCAUACGUCCAUGCCCUUUAUUGUCACUUUGAGCAAUGUGUAAUGAACCCCAAAACGAAAAGGACUGGUUGAGUAAAUUUAUGUCUUUGUUCAGUAUCACAAUAGAAAUUAAUAAUUUAUGCCGAACAAACAAUCGCUUUAUUGAUAUUAACAUUAUACCUAACAAACACGACCUGCGUGGAAAUUUCAAUAUUCGUUGCUCAAAGCAAAUAUCAAAUUGUUAAAGUUUUGACUAGUUAAAUUGUGAAAUAAAAUCUUUGUGAACAGAUGCAUUGUGUUUCGACAA